GGAAUUAUUGUCAAUUGUAUCUCAAGGCAAGUACUUCUAAUCUAUCGUUCAGCUUAUUGUGAAGAGAGAAGGUUCAAGACUCGCACCUCUCAGCUACCAACUGAAACUGAUCCCUGAGCAGUACGUGGCAGCAACAAGAUGGAAAAACAAGCACCCGCUAUUGUUUCUAGAUGUCUCAUUUAUCUUUUGGUCUGUGUCUUGACUGUCUCAUCAGUGGCUACGGAUUCUCCUAUCUACGUUUCUCUCACCACAGGGAAAGACAGUCGUCGUUGUGGCCAACUGAAAGUCCCUUGUAAGACACUAGAACAUUCUUUGGAAAGGGUUACAGAUGGUGGAUCACUUUUCUUGGAUGGAACAGACUCCAGAGAUAAUCCCUACAAGUGUGGUCCAGGAACGCGCACUAUUAUUGGAAAGAAUUUGAGGAUUUCCAGCUGGUUUGCGCGUGCGCAUAUCUCUUGCGAGAUUAGGUUCAAACUAACUCUACCUGGACGAACGGGCAUGCGUGCUACAUCAAGCUCAAGAUCAUAUCCCUCUCCUUUUACUAAUGACGGACUCGAGACAAAAUCAGGACUCACGGUUACCAUAAGGGAUCUAUCAUUUGUUCAAUCUGGUGUCACGGUUGCCUGUAGUGAAACAAAAUGUUACGUAGAAGUUGAGCACUCGUUGUUCGAGCAAGGUGGUCUUACCUGUAUGGGAUUAUGCUCUUUAAACGUAGGGAACAGCACGUUUGCUAACCCUACGAGGGCGCAUGUUCAGUUUGGUGUUUUCUGUUAUGGGGCCAUCGGUUGCUGUUUGGAAGUUGCGAAUACUCUAUUUGUGCAAGCUAGUCUUAUCUGUAACGGAUCAUGCUUCAUGAAGGUAUCGAAUAGCAACUUUAACGACUCUACUGUAACAGUUUCUAGAAAUGUCAACGCUGGGAAAGACGCGAAUAUGACAUCAAUCGCGAUCGCCCAUUCGAAUUUCAUUCGGAAUAGAUCACAGUCACUUAUCAAAUUUCAUUGUCACCUUGGCUUCGAACUGAAAAUUUAUCAAUGCAAUUUUCGAGAUGAUCACUGGCUUUCUGAUCCUGACACUUUAGUAGACCUCCAUUCAAGUCCACCGUCAGUUGAUAGAGUACGGGUGGCUUUCGACAGAAAUAAUUUCACUGCCAUCGCCGGACCAGCCUUUAACCUUCGCGGUUGUUUUGACUCGAUUUCAUUUGUGGAUAUGUCAAUGAUUGGCAUGAAGUCAUUUGCAAUCAAAGUUGAUGACACGCACCAUAACUGUCAGCCUAGAAAUGUCACAGUCCACAUGAACAACUGUUUAUUUAAUGGCACAUUGCAGUCUGUUAACCCUCAUACAGCUGUAAUUGACAUUGAAGCACGUGAGGUUACAAUCUUAAUGAACUACAUGCAGUUUCAUUUUAACAACCGCUCUUUGAUUUUAUUUUCUUCGAAAAAAGGAAGUUUAACCAUCAACAAUUCAGACUUUGCAUAUAAUUCCAUAAGAGAUUGCGACAAUGUCUAUCCACUUUUAUUUUCCAAAAAAUAUAAAUUCGAGAAACUGACUAACUCACCCGAGAUUAAAAAACAGGAGCGAGAUAGCGUGGUUGGCAGCAUGGUGUUGAAUAUUCAAAACACCAAAUUCUCUUUAAACAUAGUACCCAGCUCGGUAAUAACACUUUCCCAAACUUCAGCAACUUUCUCGAAUGUUACCUUCAUUAAUAAUACUGUUGAUGGGCUCGGUGGAGACAUACGCAUCAAGGAUCAAAGUUUGGUGUCACUCAGCAGCUGUCAAUUUGAGCGUUAUUCACACCAUUACUUUGCAUCAGCCUUUGUCUAUUCUGAGGUGAACUCAAACGCUACUGUUAAUAUCACCAACUGUCGUUUCAAAUCAGACGUUGAGGUUGAUGCAAGCAUAAUAUUUUUUCUGAGAUCUGGGAUACGCCUCUAUGCUGAUAAACAAUCCAACAUAACGUGUCCGCUGGGUUAUUUCCUUGAAUUAAACCCGCCUAAUGUUAGCCUUUCAGGCUCACCCACAGAAGAUACAUACAAUCCUACUUGCAAAAAAUGCUCCGUCGGAUUAUAUAAUCUUCAGCGAGUGUACGUAAUUCCUGAUUCUUCAGUGAACGAAAAAUGCAUCCCCUGUCCCUAUGGAGGCAACUGCACUCAUGGGAUCGAAGCAAAACCAAACUUUUGGGGAUAUCUUGAGCCAGAAGAUCAUCGACCAACCGUGAAAUUUGAGAUUUGUCCUCUGGGAUAUUGCGAACCAAGUCCAGGAAGCUUCAAUAGUUGCCAUGGUUACAGAAAUGGCUUCCUCUGUGGUCAAUGCAGAGAAGGCUACACUGAAGCGAUGUUUUCUUCUGAAUGUCAAGAAGAGGAAAACUGCCACAACAACUGGUUUUGGUUCUUUAGUUUCUUAUACGUUGCUUGCUUGUCAUUCCUUCUCAUUACACGUCCUUGUAUAUUUCAAAUAUUAUGGCGGAAUGCUGUGUGGUUUCGACCUAAAAAUCAUGAACGUCAGUCUUCACAGUCUUUUCAGUCCGCGGAAGGGGAGCACUGUAAUGGGUAGCACUU